UUCGUCACUGAUCAACUCUCAAUCAGCAAUCAUUUACGUCGAUAUCGCAGCCCGAUACUUUAACGUGGACGAGAAGCACUCGGCUGCAGUCACAAAAGGAAUAGCUCUCGUCGUCGGUGCAAUCAUGACAGCGUAUGCCAUAGCAGCACCUCACUUGGGAUCAGCGGCAAAGAUAAUCAUGGUGUUCUACAACAGCGCAACAGGACCUUUCGUCGGCCUCUUUUUUAUGGCGGUUGUCUUUCCUUGGGCUAACGGCAUUGGCGCCGCAGUUGCGACAGCUUUGCUGAGCUGCUUGACAUUGUGGCAAGCAAUCGGGAAAACAUUGAGCGGUGUGCGCUUUCCCAAGAUGCCCGUCACGACCGAACUUUGUCCAGCCAACCUGACGCUGCCUGGUGUUCCCGUCAGUGAAGAGAGCAGCGUGAUCCUGGAUGAUCUGUUUCCCCUCUACAAAUUUUCAUCAUAUUGGAGUGGCUUUCUCAGUGCGGCUCUUACAAUAAUCCUUGGCUUGACAUUGAGCCUACUAACAGGUGGUCGCAAGCAGUACAGCCAGAAUAUACCACUGACAUCGAGCUUAUUUCUCACUUUGUGGAGGAAACUUGGACUGAUCAACGAGACCGAGUCGGUAUGCCAACCAACCACUUCUUUUCUGAAAAACACUGCCUGCCACGUGCCUCCACAGGAAGAUUCUUCGACGGCUGUUUAAACUUAAUUUUCCAUUACCUGCCGUGCUUUGAAGAAGCUGUAUAUGCCAUCAAAAACAGAAGAAGGAGAAGAAGAAAAAGAAGCGUUUUUGUAGUGACUUACCCGUUGUGAAGUAUGAGAAGAUAUGUGAAACUGCUCGGCGUGGUUAAAAAAAUGGCGUAGUUGGGGACUCAGGGGUAAUUUUGACCACCUGGGGCGCUCUUUAACAUGCACCCAACGUACGGGCGUUUUUUUGCAUUCCCCCCCCCCCCCCCCCCCAUAUCCAGCUUUUCUGGAUGGAUAGAUGGAUGGAUGUUAUGAGCGUCCCCUUUGGAGCGUCCCCUUUGUGGGUUGCGCCACCAAGCUCUUGCUAUUAUACGGCCUAGUGUCCUACCUAGGUUAAAAAAAAAAAAAAAAAAAUGAAAAACCCACUAUGAACUCCCACAACCAAAAUUUCUGACCCCUUUGGCGACGCCUGUUUCUCGAACCUCGACCGGCGUUAUUAUUGGGUAGCGUGGCGUUGUCGGCGGGCUGCGGGUGUCCGUUAGACCAUGGUGACCAGGCAUGGACGAGACUAUUUCUAGUGCGAAACUUGCACUGUUUAUUCAUUGGUUGGUGAAGGAUAAGAAGAAGAGAAUAAAUGAAUAAAAGAGUACAUUGUGGGGCCCCUUAAAUAAACCCGCUAACAUCGUAGGCGCGAUCUUGCUCACGUCAACGUCACGUGACAGGGACUGUGUCUGGUUGUGGAUGGGUGGCUGAUCCCUUCUCCCAGGUGACGUUUGUACGAGCUUGCCUCCUCUGGCGGCAACCCGCGCGACCUGUUUGGUUCGCGGAAAGGGUAUCCCCUAGAGUUGGACUGUUCGCGGAAACGGUGCUCCCCUGGAGUCGCACAGUUUGUGAAAAGGGUUGUCCCCUAGAGUCGCACACACAAAGGGGCCUGUCAUCACUGCAGGGCGCCUGCCAGACCGGCAACCACUCGAGACAACCAUAGCAAAUUAUGAAACCAUCCUUCGUUUCGAUUAGGCAUGGUCUUUGAACCUCCUUUUUGUGCGGGGUGUUAGACGCCAACCGUAACACUCCCUAUUGGGAACUUUGUUUUUGGACGUCUCCGUUUUUCGUCGUUUCCCUACUCUUCUUUCACCAAUCUUCCAAUCGUCUCUUACUGGACACGUACCAACUAGCGCCCAAGCGGUCCCGGCACUUAGCUAGAGCGUUUUC